GAGCGCUCAUGUGGCGCUUGCGAUGCGACUGUGCUGCAUUCAUGCACUGCUCUAAUUAGACUAAUGAGUUUUGGUAAUGGCCAUGUGGUAGAACAUGGUAAGUGCCACACGAUGGCUCCAUGUGGUAGUACCCUAAUAUGCUGACCGCCUGGAUGAUUAAAGUCUAAGGGAGGCCGGCAAGUGGUCAUAAAAAGGGCCUUUUUAUAUCAGUCCAUCUAUAAGUUGCUUUAAAGGGAACCUGUCACCGUCUGGACCAUGCCCUCACGCUGAAAUCAGCAUCUGUCAUUUAUCUGCUAUGGUCACUGUCAGAACUUUUUGGUCACGUCCAACUUCAGGGCACAAACUGCUUCUGUUUCCAAUGGCAACCAGCAUUUAGUGGAGCGUGGACUUGACAGAGACAUCAGAAGGUGCCUGGAUCGAGCAGCCAUACAUUAUGUGUGUGAUCUGCUCCUGUUCUGUGCUUACCAUCACUGGGGGAAAUCACACUGUGUGAACAGGGGCCUAAGGGGUGUGGAUUUCAAGGCAUUCAUGGUGGGCUCAUCUACUGAAGUUCACCACUUCAUUUGAGGUGGCAGGACCAGCAAAGAAAGGUAGUGGGCGGGGCGAGGUGCAGAUAAGGAGGGGGGAGGAAUUGUGGGAGAAAAUGGAGCCCUGGGGGCAGGUAACGUCUUCAGGUGGCUGCUGUGAGUGACGAGCGAAGGGCAGAGGGAGGAGCAGCAUGGAGCUGGCCGCAGAUGAUGGAGCACCGGCCAUGCCCGCUCAGCACACAGGAUGCAGAGGCGUCUCCUGCUCCCGCCAUUUCUCAGCCCAGGCCCGCUCCUCGGCUUCCUCUAGACCGCGCGCUGAGCCGCCCCUUCCUCCUGUCCAUCGGUGUGCCCGCAGCCUGAGGCCGCCAGAGGCUAUGGCAAAGUUCCUGCAAGCCCGCAGAAGACCAGGAAAACAGAAGAAGCCGAAACAAUGGACAUUAAGAAAGACAAAAGUGCCCAGUGUUAAUGCUGUGGUAACAGAACAGAUAGAGGCAAAGCAACCAUGGUAUUUCAGUCUGGUCCAUUUUUUAUGGCUUAGAUUGUCCAGUAUUAGAUAUGUAGUGAGUUCCGUCGUGGAAGCCUUCAUAUCAUUAUGCUUGUGGAGCCAUAACAGUGUGAAAAAGCGAUUUAUUUUUGUAAAAAAUAUCAUUGCUCCACCUUUAACCUACCAUCUUCAACAACGCACAUUGAAACGACGCUUGCAUAAACUUGAAGUGGAGUUUCUAAAGAUGCAGCUAACACUUCAGACUAAAGACACCAAAUCAAGUGUAUCGGGAAGUGUCUGCUGCUGUAGUUGUCAGCAAGCCAAGACCCUACCUUCUAUAAAAGAGUCUAAGGUGGAAGCAGCAGGAGCAGGUCUCUUGCCUUCUCUACCGCCUCCUCCUCCUCCACCCCCGCCUCCUCCUCCACCACCAGGUCCACCACCGAGCUUUCCACUUGAAAAACGUCUGCCACUGUUGAAGAAAGUGGCAAGCACUCAACCACCAAAGGCACCAACGGUAAAGCAAGAAGGUCCCAUUCAGAUAACCCUGAAAGAUCUUCUGAAUGUCAAAUUGAGAAAGACCAAAGACGGCAUAGACAGACAAAAAAAGGUAUUAAACAGAAGGCUUUUUUCUCCACUGAUCACCGUAUCCGAACUGGACGAUGUUAAACUGAAGAUGGCUUCCAGAAUGCCACCAAGGCGUCUCACAAAUGUUUCUAAAGAAAAGCUUCAUAGCCCACAGGAUGUCAGGCAACGUCUUAGAAAGGUCCACAUGGAAAGGAGUCCAGGAGGAACCCCGCUAUACGACAGAGAAAACAAAGAGAAUGGAAUUGGAGUAAAGAUUUUAAGGCGGAAAUUCCAGCUCGCUCACCCAAAAAGUCCAUCACCGCUGAGGAGGUCUCCAGUAACCCAUGGUCUUGAUUAAGCACGCUAGUAGUACACAGUCGUAAAUGGAGUCUGUAAUACCACGCCACUGUGUAUACAUCUAAAUGAUGAAGUCAAAAUAAAGUGCAUAAUUGUUUUCCCAACUUUUUAGAAUGACACGUGGUCUCAACACAGACAUUGGUGGCAUGUCUCUAGAAUAUGCCACCAAUAUCAUUUGGUGCGUGUCCCACCUAUGGGACCCGCUCCUGUUUCCAGAACAGGACCCCUGAAGUGAAAAGAGGGCAGCCGGGCACGCAUGGCCACCCACCCUUCAUUGGAGUUCUGAAAAUAGCCACGUGCUGGCUCUGCUGUCUCCAGCAGUUCCAAGGUGGUUAAUGGAGCAGUGGCUAUGCUUGAGCAGUGCACUAUCCAUCCAUUUCUAUGGAAUUUCCGAAAUAGCCGGCUAUUUUUGAAACUCCCAUAGAAAUUAAUGGAGUGCAUGAACGUUGUGCUCUCCUUCAUUUUCGGGAGCCCGUUCUGGAGAUGGGUGCGACUCUCUCUCCUAUCUGACAUUGGUGGCAUAUCCCAUUGAUAUGAGAUGAUAAAAACCACUUUAAGCUGGAAAUAUGAUUGGAAGAAACCACUGAUUUAUGUGACACCAUGUUUCGUUUACUCUGUUCUGCUUGUGCAGAUGAACAGGUUGGUGUUUUUGUUUUUUUAUAAAUUGACUAAGUUAUUUAGGUGAUGUAUUGCAUGUAACUGUAUAAUGGAGCUGGCUCUCCGUUACGUACUGUU